AUGAUCGUGGCUUCUCUGCCGCGAUCGCCCACAGCCACAGUCCUCCUCGCUUCGUCGACGCUCCUCCAAAUCGCCUCCAGCCAUGCGCUGCCCCGAGAAACAAAGACCAUCGCCGUGCGCGAGUUAAGCGUGGUGGCAUGGCCCAUCGUCGCAACCCCAGCGCCAAAGCUAUCGCCAGCGCUUGCUUCAUCGCCCGUCGAGCAGCUGCUACAGCGGGACUUCAACACCAUCUGUGGCUGGAUAGGGGGCGAUCCCAACCUGCCAGCCACGUGCCUGGCGGGCUCGCACUGCGCCGCCGACACCGUAAACAAGGCAAUUGGCUGCUGUCCGGACGAGGGGCCUUGCACCGAGGGAAUCUUCACGGGCUGCGUCGACGUCAACAGCCCGCCGCAGACAGAGCUCAACCCUUACGUCUUCACGUGCACCGGCGCUCAGGUGUGCUACUUGAACCACUUUGACGGAGGCUUCUCUCAGUUCGGAUGCGGCUCAGUCUCGCAGUUGGCGACGACGGUGGCUGCCACGGCGCUGAGCCAGCUCCCUCUGGAUCUGAGCCGCGUCUCUGUGCAGCUGACAGAAACACCAACCAUUCUAUCCACGCCGACGACGAUUGGAUCUCGGACCGCAAGCAAGACCACAUCCAGCCGGAAAACCAAGACGACAAGCGGAUCCAGCACCUCUGAGACGGAUACGUCUACGAGCACGGGCACAGGCACAGCAAGCGACUCAUCUUCAACCUCCACUUCGACUUCGACCCCUUCAGCGCCGACUUCGAGCGGCAGCUCAAAAGCAGGGCCAAUCGCAGGAGGCGUAGUUGGAGGUCUCGCCGGUCUUGCUCUCAUCGCCGCCCUGGUUUUCUUCUUCCUGCGCAAAAGAAAGACCAGCCCUUCUCAGUACAUCACGCCAUCAACUGAGAAAUACGACGGCCCCGAUUCCCGCGCCAUUCCUCCCAACACGGCUCUUCUAACAGAAGAAAGGGGCUUCAACGGCUACGAAUCUGAACUCGCCCCAAUGCCGCAAAGGCCACCAAGACCAAGCGAACCCGCCCCCCAGCUCGGCGAGCUCGGCCUGGCCGUGCCCAUCGACACCGGCUACGGCAGGCCUUCAGACGAGAUCCCUCUCACGGAAACGGUGCCCAAGCCGCCACCAGAACCCAUUGUGGAGGAAGAUCUCCGCCCAUAUAACCCGCGGAGAAGAGGCGAUGGCGAUGGUGCCUCGUUCUGGUCGCAAACAAGAUCGGAGAGUCGGUCUCGAGGUCGGCCGUGGGUUUAG